CAAUCAAUCAAUAUUCAAUAUUCCGCGUCUCAUCCAUCUUUCUUCAACUUCACCCAACAACUCAAUCCCUUCUCCUCAAUUCAUCAUUCACUCCGUCAACAAAAUUCCAAUUCUACCCUUCAACGAUGUACAGCAACAUCCUCGUUAACUGCUCCAACUGCCACACCCCUCUCCAACUCCCUCCCGGCGCCGCAUCAAUCCGCUGCGCACUUUGUCAAGCCAUCACUCUCGUCGCCGACCCACGCGCUCUCCCUCCUCAACCCGCAUCCUCCCCUCACGCGCCUCCGCCUCCUUCCCCUUACAAUCAUGCCCCGCCUGGUCCUUUACCUAACGUUCACGGCCGUAAAAAGGCCGUGAUCGUCGGAAUCUCGUAUAAAUUCUCUCGUCAUGAACUUAAGGGUUGCAUCAAUGACGCUAAAUGCAUGCGUUAUCUUCUUAUCAAUAAAUACAAUUUUCCUGAUUCUUCCAUUAUUAUGCUCACUGAAGAAGAAGACCCUCAUGGCCCCAAAUUUCCAAAUAAGCACAACAUCAGGAUGGCAAUGUUUUGGCUUGCACAAGGAUGUCAACCUGGAGACUCCCUUGUUUUUCAUUAUUCUGGUCAUGGAUCCCAGCAAAGGAACUAUAAUGGUGAAGAAGCUGAUGGUUUUGAUGAAACUAUAUGUCCUCUGGAUUUUGAAACACAGGGUAUGAUAGUUGAUGAUGAGAUCAAUGCAACGCUUGUAAGACCUCUUCCUCAUGGGGUUAGGCUGCAUGCACUAAUUGAUGCCUGUCAUAGUGGCACUGUCAUGGAUUUGCCAUUUCUUUGCAGAAUGACCAGUCGUGGACAAUAUGUAUGGGAGGACCAUCGCCCUCGGUCAGGUGUGUGGAAGGGAUCAAAUGGUGGAGAAGUUAUAUGCUUUAGUGGAUGUGAUGAUCAUCAAACUUCUGCAGAUACAUCUGCACUAUCAAAAAUUACAUCAACUGGAGCCAUGACGUUUUGCUUCAUCCAAGCUGUAGAGCGCUCUGGUCCAGGGGCCACAUAUGGCACCAUUCUUACUUCAAUGCGAAGUGCCAUAAAAAAUGCUGGUAGCGGUGGUAGUGGGGGCGGCGAUGUGGUAACAUCUCUUGUUUCCAUGCUUUUGACCGGAGGUAGUCUUACCACUGGUGGGCUAAGACAGGAACCGCAGUUAACAGCUUGCGAAGCAUUCGACGUGUAUAGAAAACCUUUCUCAUUAUGAUAGUAUUCUUUAUACUUCAAUUUGUUUUCCUUGGUGCUGCCCUUGUACAUGAAUUUAUUUGGUUAUCGUGUAUUGAUUACUAUGAUAGGUUAAAAUUAUAAGUAGGUGAGGUUCUAAUUUAUUCGGUUAUCGCCAAGGACGUCUGGGUGACUUCAUGUCUGGAUUUUAGAAUGCAUUUGCUCGUAAUAAUGAGUAGUUGUCGGUAUGAUCCUUCUAUUAUAUUUUGCUAA